UUCCCCAGGCGAGCACAAGAGAGAAAGGAGGAAGAUGGACCGACAUCCCAACAACACGAUCCAUGGCUGGCGUGCAGUGUCCCCGCUGCCUACGGAGAGCAUGGUCUCUGGGGAUGGACACAAUGAGACCAGGAACCCUGGAGAACAUGGCCUGCUUGGCUAACACGGACAGAAGUGGUUUGUGAAAGGACCUGAGAAAGACCUCAUGCUGGAUGCUGCACAGGCUCACCCAGGCAGGCUUCGGUCCAGUUUUCCAAGUGAUAAUUCCGGGAAACCUCAUGAAGAUCCCGUCACGGGGGUGGCAGCUGGCAAGUAUGAGGCGAUGUGAGGCUGCUCUGCUUCUGCUCCAGUGAAGUUCUCCAGGCUGCGAGAGGAAAGAAGCUGUGUGACCGGGGAAGGAGAAGCAGCAGUGGUUUCGUGAAGAGCAUGUUGUUCCCCGCCAUGGAAAGAGCCAGCUCUGUGUGUUGGAGCCAGGCCGGUGGGACAGCAUAUAACAGGAGCUGGCACCACAGGCUGCUGAGGCAUGAGGACAGUCACUACAACUGGACAGACUGUGAAGCUGGUCACUUGAGCAAAGUCCCUGUCACGCUGCUCAUCUGCCUCUGCGGGCUGGUGGGGAACGGGGCUGUCCUCUGGCUCCUCGGCUUCCGCAUCCUCAGGAACCCCAUCACUGUCUACGUCCUCAACCUGGCUGUCGCUGACUUCACCUUCCUCCUCUCCAUCACCAUUGCCCUUGUGAUAUUUCACAGCCCAGAGAGCCUGUGUCACAGGCUGAGCUCACAGGACAUUACAACUGUGUUGAACAUCACCAUCCUCUUCUCUUUCACUGCCAGCAUUUACCUCCUGACCGCCUUCAGUGCCAUGACGACUCUGUCUGUCCUCCGCCCAGCCUGCUGCUCCUGCCACCACCCCAAGCACUUGCCAGUGCUGGUGUGUGCCCUGCUCUGGGCUCUCUCCUUCCUGCUUGCCGUGACCCUCUAUCUCUCUCCUGCGGUGCUCAUUGUUUUUGCCCUGAGCUACCUCUUACCGGUGCUUACCCUGAUUUUUUCUGGUCUAACCCUGCUUUCAAGGGUCUUGUGCUGUUCAUGGCAGUAUCCUCCAAGGAAGCUCUGUGUUGUGGUCCUGCUAGCUGUCUUCUUUCCCUUCUUUACCGCUGAUUUUGUCUACUGGCUCUUGCUAAGACUGUUUGAUUUUUCUAUUUUUGUCUUUGACACCUCUCUCUCUCUCGCCUGUGUGAACAGCAGUAUAAACCCUGUUAUUUACUUCUUGGCUGGGAGCUGUGCAAAGAAGUUCACACUCUCUGUUAGGGUUGCUUUCCAGAGGGCUUUUGAAGACAUAACAGAGUCCCAAAUCAGAGGUGAAACUCCCAGAGAAAACACAGUGGAAACAGCUGUUUAAACCUCUGGAAGCCCCUCCCUUAGAGAAGAUGCUCUAGGGAUGGAGACAUCCUGUGAACCAGGGCAAGACAAGGAAGAGGCUUUGCUGUGGGUCUGGUUGCAGCUGAACGGAAUUAGCUGCAGCACAACGAAACAUGCUGGGUGGCGCAGGAACUCCUGCCUGGGUUGGACACUGGACAGAGCGAUGAAAUACUCAUCAAAACCUUUUGCUUUGAAACUUUGCUUUGAAUAUGUUGUAUUCAACAGCUCGGAGCUUCGCCUGUCCCAAAAGUGAGCUGGCUCUGCCCUGUGCACUAUUAAAACAGCUGCAGAGACUCAGCUCCUGCCCAUGGAUUUUUUGUGUGUCUGCUUAAGAGCAGAGUGCGGGUGGAUGGGAAAGCUUGGCACAGCAGGGCAGAACAAUUCCUGGGCAAACCCUUGCGUGUGCAUCUUCAGCUUGUGAAGAGUAUGUGGACACUUCACAUUCAGCUUUGUUACCAAGCAAGCAGGCAUGUGUUUGGGAUGGCCCCUGGAAGGCUUUCCCUGAAAUGCAUUGCUUCAGCUGCAAACUGGGUUUGGUCUGUGCAUCAUGUGGCUUGUCUGCACGCAAGGGUUUUUGACUGGAACAGCCUCUUAUGGUUCCUCCCACUUUUCUCCAGGCUGUCUGGAUGGUUAGCUUGAGCAAAUGCCAUUUCGCAACCAUGACCUGAGGUCUGUAUUCGUUACUGGUGAGUCUGUUCAUUAUUUAGAAAAACAAGACGAGCAGGGUUAAAAUGAAAUAAUCCAAAAAGCACAGCCCUGUCUGAAGACUCUGUAAAGACCGGAUUUUCUGUGUGAAAGAGGAUACAGGGAGAGGGAAGGAAAGAAGUGGACUUUUUAAGGAAAAGACCCCGUUGAAGCCAUGAGGACUGAAUCCCCGUAGCCUGGCCCAGGCUCCCUGGUGAAAGGGGCAGUGGCAGUGCUUUCUCCACUUCUCUCUCCCCUCCGUGUCUGUCAUCCCUUGCUGUCAAGGAGGUGGAGGGUACAGCAGCUCUCGUCAGCCUGGGAACUAAGCCGCCAACAAACCACUGCUUUUGAGCUGGUUUUGUUUCCUGGUGUGACUCCCCACCAGGCUGCACUAACUUCAGUAUGAGCACCAGGGAAAGGUUGGGACAGUGCAGCUGGCAGGGAGGGGUGGAGGGAGGAAAGGCAUCAGCAAAGCAGACCCAGGAACUACUGAUGCUGUGGCCUCUGGGACCUGGGAUAGCGACACAAAUUUUUCUGCCCUUUGCCUUGUCCCUUAGCCCAGAGCGACAUGUCACCUGACAGGCUGGAAUGAAAAUUAAUCACUUGGUGCAGUACAGGUACAGAGCCAUGAUAACUGAACACAUAAAACUCUCUGGUGGAAACAAGAAGCUCAGAUAGGUGCUGGCCUGGGUGACACUGCAGACAAGGGAGACCCCAGGAAGCAGGAAAAGCACAUGAAAGGAUCGUGGUCCCUCUGCACCUGCCUUGAGCGAUGCUCCGUGGAUGAUGGGAGCCCUUUCCUGGACAACAGAGUGUAACUCCUUUACUUUCCAAAGGACAGGAAAAUGGGAAAGAGGGAGAAAAA